CCCUCAACACUCAACACCCCCGCUUUCAACCCUCUCUGAUCGCCAUACCUCUCCAGUUGCCCUCUGCACUCGGUCGUGUGUGCUCGAGGCCAAGUUCCUCUUUGGUUGAGCAUUCGUUUCGUGCACUUUCUUUGCCGCACCUGCCCUUUCUCUUAAAGCGCAGCGCUUUUCCCUCACUUUCAACCCAUCGUUCGCUUCUUGGUUGUUUGCCGAGAGCCUGUCAUCUACCACCUUUCCUUAGGGAGCCUCACGACAAGCCCUAACCGGAUCGAAUCUGGUCAUCUUUACCGCUUCCAUGCACCAGAAGCAAUAACAACCAUCUAACCGCAUUUACCAAGGCCGUCUGUUGCUUUCUCGUUGGUCUCUCCCGACCCAAAACGUACAAUCGGUCCCCAAUGUUACAAGGUAUCCGAGCGUCGACCUUGACGGUGCCUUCCUUUGGACACAGUCUGUCACUCACAGGCGUCCAAAAGAUGGAGAGCUAUGGUGACGUUGAUCCCUGGAGUUGGGCCACGUCCCAACCAGGCAGCCUGGCACAAGGCUAUGGUCCCAUCUUCGACCAGUCCUUGUACAGCUCGACGACACCCGGCGCACACCACCUCCCGCACAGCCUGCCACCUCGCCAUCACUCCAUUCCGGGCUCCCAUGUAGCCACUUCCUCCCCCGUCUCGCAUGCGCAGACGCCCACUCCACCCCCAGCGAGGCAGCAUUCGCAAGUCUCUGGGAGUCUGAUCAAGGCUCAACCCGCCUUCAAACCGACAUGGCACGGCUUCCUGGACACGACCAGAGAUGCCAUGACCAUCGUCGAGGCCGCAUUGCAGGGCCGCCUCAAUCACAUCAGCCGGCGGCCGCACGACAAGGAAAGAGCCGAGAUGCUCACUUCAGGCACCGUGCUGGUCUACGAGGAAAACGCCUCUGGCAUCAAACGAUGGACAGACGCCGUACACUGGUCACCCAGUCGGGUCAUGAACAACUGCCUCAUCUACCGUCAGCUCACACGGGCCCUGCGUCCCGAUGAGAAGAAGUCGGCUUUGAAUCCCUCCUGUGGAAACAAGCGGAAGCGGAAAGAGAGUGCAACUCCUGCCAUCAACAGCAACGGCGAAAUCGUACAUGUGGCCGAAGACGAGUACGAGCAUGCGACCAUGGAAGUUGCCGCCGAGGAGAACUCCUUGGAUCCGCUCGACAAGGUGUAUGCCAACUUCGCCCAAAGACUGACUCCGGAGCAACAACGCCGCUUCUGCGGCUCGCUCAUUGACAGCUACGAGUUCAAGGAGGGCGGGUUGAUGAAGAAGACCAUCUCGGUCAAGUACCAGGGGACCCACCACCACGUCAUCUCGUACUACACGUUGGAGGAUGUUGUCGAAGGGAAGCUGAAGCGUCCUUGCGAGGAUCCGAACCUGGCCGACAUUCAGCCCCGCCCAGAGUUGCUGGAUGGCUGGAAAGUCAGCCUCGAGGAUGAAGAGAGCCGCGAUAGCCCCGUAUACGGCGGCUAUCCUCAGACUCAGCCAGCGAGUUUUGCUCAGCCUUCCGCUCCCGCUCAUCGUCUUGCCGUUGAGACCCAAACACAGACGCAUUCGCCCGUCAAUAUGGCCGCCCCUUCAGAGUACUGGGCGGCAAGUCAUGUCCAGCAAUACACGCCAUCUCAGCAGACCCCUCGAAAUUACGCCUCGACCUCGACCCUCACAUCGCCGUAUGCACAACAGGUAACUCAAGACUAUCCUGUCCAGCAGAACCCCAUGCGGCCAGUCCCGUCCGACUAUCCGCUGCAGCAACCGCCCGUCGCCCAAUAUCAGGCGCCAGCACCGGCCGUCCGCCAGUAUCCUCAACCUCCCUCCAACCAGACCUAUCCCCAGCAACCCUCGUCGUUGGCGUAUCCUGCUCCCCAAGGACCACCCACCCAGCACUACUCCACCCAACCCAGUCAAGGCCCCAGCCCUACGUCUCACUACCAAUCCCCGCCACCAGCGACACAGCAAUUCACGUCCGUAAUCUCCACACCGACAUAUGCCGACCCGCACACCCCUUCAUCCUAUUCAGCACCUGGGCCCAUGCCGUUGGCUCAGCCGUCGCAAUACACGAUGCCGCAAGCGCAAGCCUACGACAUGCCUGUUCAAGUCCAGCCUCACGCUUCAUCGCAGCCGGCUCACAGCUCGUUUCAGCAGCACGACUCGCACGGGAGGGGAUCAGUCAGUGUCAAUCCACAGCCCUAUAGCCAGGCCCAAACACAGCCUUCAUACACCCCAUCCCGGAGGGUAUCACUAUUAGUCCGUCCUUCUGUGUUAUCUCAAUAUAAUAUAAAGGGCAAGCACCAUCGAGUAGACAAAUCCAUCACUUUCCUUUCGACUUCGGCAUACAUGAUUCUAGUAAUACGCAUACCACCGUGACGAGCAACGGCCCAGAUCGGAGGUCACAAUGAUACCCUGAAUACCAGCGGCACGGCCAAGGGUUGGAGUUUUGAUUGUCCUCGUCGACAAGCGCGUCGCAUGCGUUGGGAGAAGAGAGGGGCGUUUCGGAGUUGGAGUUGUUUUGGGCAUGUUUCUGUAUCGCCUUCGCUGGCAGAUUUGUCGCAUCGAUGCGACUGGGGACAAGGAGAAAACUUUUGCAAGGGUUCCGUUCAUUGCCUUUGGAGGCUCUCGUAUCGACCAGUUCCUUUGUUAUUUGGUACCUUUGGCCGGUCAAAGCUUGGUUGUAAUGGAGGCAUCCUAACUUUGUUGAGAUGGGUGGACUUGGGUAGAGACUUUGGCUCGUCCAAAGGACAGCCUCGCGAGGAAAGAAAAAAAAAAUUCACAAUUCAUAAAAGACUUGCACG